UUCAAUCAAUCAAUCAAAAGCAUUCGUCUUCAGUAGAGUAGAUAUAUUUAUCUUAAACUGUACCUUCAAUUUUUAUCUUAAGAUUAAUUAUAAUGCAUAUAAUUUCGCUUUCAUAGUAAAAUUGCUAACAUUUUUCAUAUUUUAAGAUUUUUAAUUAUUUUAAUAAGAAGUAUAUAAUGACUUUAAGGAUCUUAUCACACAAGAUAGCUUUCUUCGGACGGAGAUUUCCUGUAUUUCAGCUGGCUAGUCAACAUGCAUUAAAAGUUUUAAAAAAUAAUUCAAAUUCACGUUUGAUUUUAUCUCCAUUUUUACCUGCUUUUUUGUUUCUAAAAGCUGCUUCCACACUUCAAAAAUCAGACAAUUCCAAAAUUAUCAAUGAAGCUGACAACCUGUAUAAUGAUGGGAAGUAUGAGCAGCUUUACUCGACAUUACAACCUCAUAACUUGUCUGAUGAUCCUGAAAUUCUUUGGAGAUUAGCUCGAGCAAUAUUUGAAAAAUGCCGUGAUGUGAAAGAAGAUAAAGAAAAGUUAAUGCAUUUGGAAGAAGCUCUUCAACUUGUAGAUAAAGCUUUAGAAGUUAAUGAAGAAUGUUGGGCUGCUCAUAAGUGGCGAGCUAUCUUACUUGAUUAUGUGUGGCGUUAUAAGAGCACAAAAGAGCGAAUUAUACAUAGCUUUGACGUCAAGAAACAUAUGGAGCGUGCUGUUGAAUUGAAUCCACAAGAUAGUACUUCUUAUUAUUUAAUUGGAGAAUGGUGUUAUACUUUUGCUGAUAUGCCUUGGUAUCAAAGACAAGUUGCAGCUGCAAUAUUUGCCUCCCCACCUACAUCUACAUAUGAAGAAGCUUUGAAGUAUUUUGAAAAGGCUGAAGAAACUAAUCCACUAUUCUACAGUAUGAAUUUGCUUAUGAUGGGAAAAUGUUAUCUAAAAAUGAAUGACAAAGAAAAAGCUGUAAAGUAUUUAAAACAAGCUAGAGAUUAUCUGGUUAAAACUCCUGAUGACCAAAAGGCACAUGAAGAAGCCGAGAAGCUUUUAAAAGAUUUGAUCAAUUAAUAUUUUUUGAAAGUAUUUUUUAUAUAAUAUUUAUAUUAACACGAAAUAUAUUUUGUAUGAUUAAAGAUUAUUUUAUAUAGAGUUUUUUACAUAUGGAAAACGAACACAAAUGCGAUGUAAAUUAAAAGAUUUUUAUUAA